AUGGCCGCUCUCGCUGUUUCCUUCGUCCCCGCCAAAGAUCUGAAUCUCAAGUCAACCUCUGGUAGAGUCUCGCCUACUAUUCCAAAUUUUAUGAUACUCCCAUCUUCCGUGCUGGAUUCCCACGCCUUUCCAUUGUUGAACUCAUUUUCCCUUCUCCAGAUUUAGUGCUUCCAUUGAACGCGUUUUCUAAUGUGUUUUAUUCCAUACACAGGGUGUCUCUACCUUGGUUAUUGAUCUCUAUUGCCUGUCCGUCUGUACGGAAUGAUUGUCGAGUUGAACAUUUCACCGAGAAAUAAUUUAUUGUCUUCUCGAUUUUCGUCUGUUUCUGUGUUAUUGUCAUUUUUAUGCCUUCAACUCCAAUUCAGAGAGCUUGUGUUCAUCUUCGACAUCUGUCCAGUCGUUGUUGACGAUAUGGUUCCCCCAUAGGAAUCGAUGUAACUAUGUAUAAUCUCAAUACAUGCGAUCAUUCCUUCCUCUUUAAAAACCAGGGAUGUCCAGAAAGUUCAAAGAACGGAUUGCUCGGUGGGUGGCGAAUUAUCAGUAGAGCAUAUUAUUUAUGUAUUUUGGUGUUAAUUUAAUAACGAUCAACUCGGAUAUCUUUCUUCCAGAAUUCCGCUUUAAAAAAACCCUAACAGUGAGGCUCCACAGGAAUCGAGGAGAAAACUCCCUCUCCCAAGUCUUCAUUACCGAAAAGAGAAUGUCAAGAUGAGGCGUAGCACGGUUUUGUGAUGAAGUAGCGUUUAUUGAUAUUUCAUAUUCAUUCUGUUGGAUUUGGGGAAGAGAUAUAGGAGGAAGGAAAGAGGAUGAGACCUACAAUCAGAGGGAGAGACAGCAAGAUUAUAAAUGGGCUCUGUGGUCGGGUUAUCAAGAAGCAUUUAAUAGACUCUGGUGCGUGGCUUCUUUUGGCCAUUCGGCUGCUAUUGGGGGCGCUUCGCACAGUAUACACUGGCUGGGGACUGACGAACAAUAAUGAAGGAGAGGGUGGUAGGAGAAGAAUAAAUGAAAAAAAGGUAAAAUCUCGCAUCGACUGACUGCUGCGGUCCCCUGCCAGCUUCUGUGGCUGCAUGCUGCCCAUUGUACUGUCACCCUCCUCCAUCGACUAGCCAUGUAACAUCUUCGAUCAUCAAGGUUUGAUAGGGUCUUAAUUAAGUUAGGAUCUCUGUGGACCAAUUAAACUCAAGCUCAGUUUCCAUCACGCCCUAUUUGUAAAAGAUUUAUAUCCAGGGGUUCCAUCUGAUUUACUGGAACAUGGGUAAAAAUUGUACAAAAGGGAGAAAGAACAGCUGAAUCUUGUGGCAAGAAAUAUCAAGAUGCUUAUAGUCUAGAGAAAACUUUAUCUUGCAAAAACAUUCUGACACGGCAGCAUAUGUGGGAAUGGCUUUAUCUCGGUAGGACUAUGUCACGCUGAUUUUACAAUCAAAAACAUCAUCAAAUAUAAACAUCAGAAAUAAGCAAAAAAGUUACACGUGAGAACUCCAAUAAUUUUCUGACAGAUGAAAAAAACCUCUUUGUUUUAUUUUAAUUUCACCUAGCCAAGGGACGUUUUGGUUUUCCCGAUAUUCUUCUUGGAUUUCCCCUGAAAGUUCGUCUUGAUGUUAAAUUUCUUGUCGCACUUUUUUCUGCACUAGUUGGAAAGAUCGCUUUGUUUCAUGUAUCUAUGUAGGGGUAUAUCAUAUUUAGAGCAUUGAUCGCUUUGCAAUUUUAUCAUAUUUGACAUCUAGUCUUAAAUUUCGAAAGUUUCUUGGUUUGAUUUUUCUCAAUUUAUGCAUAAAAUAUGCAUUUUUUUUAAUUUGUAAGUAUUUGAACAUUAUCACAAAGCUCAAAACUGUAUAUUAAAGAGGGGUCUAAAAUACCUGGUUAUUCCUUGAUGCAAUCAAAGCAAGACCUUGUAAAUUUCACCUCUGAGAAUCUUUCACUUAGCCCAGCACUUCGGAGACGAGUGAAAUUCGCGACUCAUACAGGUCGUCUUGCAGUUCGAGCUAGAUACAGGUACUCUUUUAGCAGUGCUCCUUUCUCAUCCAGAAAAGCCGCCAAACUUGGUGCGUUCUUAUUAAUAAUUGUUGGUUUCUGCCGUCUUUUUUAACGCUUAUCCCAUCAAAUAGGACAUAGAUAGGCUCUGGAUUUGUGAAAUCUUAAAUAUGAGGAGAUUUGUGCACUCUUAUUUUUUUCCUUGUCUAUGCCUAGCUAUAUCCAUGUAAUUUGACAAAAACUUCCUAACUGCCAGUAUGUUAAUUUGCAACUAACAUACCUUAAAAUUUCAAGAGCACCUCACGGUGAUAAAUAAGAUAUAAAGAGAAUUAAAUGCCUAAAUACGUCAUUCAUUUUGUUGAACGGAUAGGGAAUGUCAUACACAGAUUCAUGUAACUGUUAAAUUUGAGACUAGUUUUCAACGAUCAAAACUUUAGAGAAACAAGGUUAAGAAGUGAGUGAAUAAUAACUGGGGAAAAUGAAGAGAAAUCCAAAAAAAAAAAAAGGACUUCUGAUCGGAUUAAUUGCCAUUUCGGAGUCUCAUAUGCAUCUCCUGCAAGAUUAUGUUGGGUUUGUGAGGACCAGCUGGGCUUAGUUACUUCUGAUUCUAACAAUAGAUCACCAGAAAUAAUUUGUGAAGAAUGCAGAGUAUAGUCUGAUCAAGCAAGUGCGGAUGGAUCAAUGCUCUUUCAAUGGUUUCUUUGCCGUCUCACCAGCAAGAACGUACCUGUUCAGGAAGCUAUAGCCUUGAAGUGAACAUCUGGUAUAACCUGAUGAGGGAAAGCUUUUCAAUAAGGAAAAGGCAGGUUGUGAAGUGCAAUGCUUACUUAAAUUGGCGACUGCCUGAAUGUCUCUUGUAAUGUUAACUGAUCAAAAUGUUUCACAAUAAUUUAGUUAAUAUGAUGCGAAUUUACGGAAAGGAAUGGAGAACCGUUACUAUGAUAUGCAAAUAUUCAAUGAAUGGUAUUGCCGCUCGCCCACCCUUUACUCACACUAUAGCUUACAACAGGGAGCUUAAAAGUCUGAUGGUAUUCUGUUAAUCGUCCUUUACAGUCUUCCUAUUUUCUACUUUCAUGUAUGAAAUGACAGUGUCCUUUUUCACUUUAAAUUAUCUUCAAAUUAUUAGCAAAUUGACCAGCAUACAUGAUGCAUGUAUUAAACAAUAUAAGGUAUAUUUUGUUCGGCAUAAAAAUUUAAGCUAGUUCGUUUCAGAAAGAUUCACUACUUUCGAGUAUUACUAGCAGUAAUUUUAUUUUCAAAUCAAGUGCACGCCUACCCCUGUUAUUGAAAUAUUUGCCUUUGUUGGUCACUUCAGUGGGGACAGUGGAAGACCAAGCAAUGCGAAUGUCUUCAUGGGGGGCUUCAUCUUGGGAGGGCUUAUCGUGGGCGCUCUGGGCUGUGUAUAUGCUCCUCAGGUAUUGGACUUUCUGCCUUGACCUCCUUUUUCCUGCAUCUCUGUGCUUGGCUGCGAUCAAGCAGCCAAAUUAGGGCUUCUCAAGCAGUAGAAAUAACUGUAUGAAUUCCCCGUGGCAAUGGACUGGAAAAUCUAGUGAAAAAUGUUAAGUUCAAGAGUACUGUGUGGGCUUUGCGGCGGAAUCCAUUGAAUGCUAGUUAACAUGCAUCUGGCAUCUGCCAUAUGGGCUUCAAGCGAUUAAGAAACAUUUGUCAGAGGUCGAUUGAUAGGAGGUACAUCUGUGCUUCGACCCUGAAGAUGCUCUGCGAUCAUGAUUUCGACCAGUAAUCGGAGAUUUCAACAUCUCCAUUGACAAAAUGGGAGCUAAACUUUAGCUUAGGACUUUGAAAAUUCUGCAUUUGACUGCAAUGUAUAGGUUUUCUAUGUAUGGUCUCCGGCAAUUUCCGACCUCGAAAUUUCUGCAGAUCAUCAAAGCAUUGGAGGGCACCGACAGGAAAGAUCUGAUGAGGAAGCUGCCAAAAUUCAUUUAUGAUGAAGAGAAGGCCCUGGAGGUGAGGUUCCUUGUUCCUCCCUCAUUAAUGGUGUUCUUGUCUGAUUCCUUUUGAAUAUGGGCAACAUUUGUCGGUAGUUUGACUCGAUUUGGGGUGGAACCUUCAUAUUGAAAGCUUUCUGGGCCCAACAAUCUGUCACUUAGACAUUAGCUCCUGCGAUGAGGCGUCUACGGGCCACAGGUUGUGUCCAGCCCACAAGAGAUAGAUGGAUAGAGAGAGAGAGAGAGAGAGAGAGAGAGAGAGGCCUAGUAGUCCCAACUCGUCUUCUGGAUAGGCGCGCUUGACCCUGUGUGGUUCUUCCUCUUCUGGACAGACUCGCCUUCUUUCGAGCCCAGAUUUUAAUGUGAUACUGUCUGAUGGUGAUCUUGUUUGAUGAACUUUGGCUGCCGGUUCAGUUACUCUUGCCCCCUCGCAAAACCUGGAGUUUUCGCUCUCUCAACAGGCAGUUUGUGGUUGACUUUCCGGAGACUUUUCUAUCUAAGGCAGUCUCUGUGUGGUUGACUUUCUAACCCGGGUUGUGGGCCCGUUCGCUCUCUCGCAGAAGACCCGCAAGAUCCUCACGGAGAAGAUCGCACAGCUGAACUCCGCCAUUGACGAUGUCUCCUCUCAGCUGCGAGCGGAGUACGACGCGAAUGACGCCGCCACGGCGUCGGAGGAAGUCGAAGCCGCCAUGUAA